UUAGAUUUUAGAUCUAUUAGUUGCAUAUUGAGAAAUAUAGACAUAUUUAAUUCUAUCGAAAAUUUAUUUUUAUACAUUUUUUAAGAGUAGAAGUAUCAAACAAUGGCAUAUAUGAGAUAAAAAUGCAAAACAUAAUUUGGAAUACUUGUUAAUGGUUAUCAAUGAUCAGAGAAGCUGCUUGUCAUUUCUUAUACAUAAUUUUACAUUUAAUAUGUUAGUUUGAGUGACAAGGAUAUGGCUGAAGAAAAGAAAACAUGUGAAACCUUGGAAAAGAUAAAUGCAACAAUAGCACAACGUGUGGAUUAUUUAUUGCCAGGAACAUCAAAAGCAUCGCAAUUCGAGAAGAAGCCAAAAUUAAUACAAGAGUCUUCAUGGACAAAAACUGUUCCAUACAAACACUGGCACAGUUACGUAAAACCUACUGAUAGUAUAGGCAGUAUCUUUACACCUGAAGCAUACCAUCGGCCCAGAAUCUUGAAACGCGAAGUCAAACCUGCACAAUGGUAUCCUCUCAAUACUGAUAAAGUGCUUGCGACUCCACCUCUUAUUCUUAUAGAACGACACAAAGAAGUUCAACAAAAAAUUGUUGCUACAACAAAGAAGAAACAUGAUUCUCUGCCUGAAAAUAUAGUUAGUUUGAGAGAUUUAGUAGACGGCACGUGGUUGCGAAAAAAGAGUCGCAAGAGGAAAGCCUUAAAAAAGAAAGAGUUGUCAAUACAUGAAGGGAGGAUAAUGAAAAGAAAAUUGGAUCGGGAGAUUAUACCUUAUGUCGAAGCAGAAAUUCCGAAAUCCAUCGAAGAACAAUUGACCGAAUUAAUAACGACAGUUGAUAAGGAACAAAGACAAAUAGUUACAGCCGAGGAUGUUGCUAAAUUAGUUUAUCUCAGAGAUUACUGCAUAAGCGAUCAUCAUUUACAACCAUAUGAUUAUGCUAAUAUUGAUGCAGCAAAAAGACAUAUCGUUGGUAAAUUGCGAGAACGUGAAGAUUUUGAUAAGAUAAUGAAAAAUUUGGAACCGGAAAUAAUCAAUGAUUAUAAACAAAGUCUUCGUUCCGCGAUAGUGGAUUAUAUUCUAAUGGAUUCCGAUGAACGGAAACGUUUAUCUAUCAAGAUCCUGCCUAUCGAAUUUCCCGUUUUGUGCAUACGCUCACCAGUACCUUGGCAUCAAUCCAAAGUUACAGCAGGUCAUUUAAUGCGACACUGUCUUUUUAUCGGAAAUACGAUAUUGAGGGACAUCCGCGAUUUAUGGUUUUCAAAGUAUCGUCAAAUAAGAAUUAUUCGCACGCAAGAUUUUGGCACAUUUCCCGUUCCAGCUGCGGAAAUUGAACCGAAAUUGAAUGCCCUGUGCUCCGCUGCCACCGAUGUUUUCGUUAAAGAAUGGUUGGCCGACGUGGCAGAAAUCUUUCUCGAGAAGAAAUACGCUUGGUCGCAAUACUUCGAGAUGCGGCCAGAUGCUUCUACCGCAAUGAUCGAGAAAUAUUUUCGCAGCGUCAAUUCCUUAUUAUCAAAGCAACUGCGAAUUAUAAUAUUGGAAACGCUGGAAGACUUCAGAGACUUCUUCAUGCGAUACAAAGCUGGCAAUGCGUUCGAAGGAGAUUACAAAGACCUCAUGUUUCUUGAAACUCCUUUCAUAACAGUGAAAGUGGAACCACAACUUUUUACGACGAAUCUACGCUGUAUCCCGAGCAUCCUGGAAUUGCACACUAUGAUUUCACGAUGUUUGAACAAGAUCAUUGAAGUGGGCGCUACAGUACCUAAGAUUGAAACUCUUUUAUUUCCGGAAUUAAAGCAGACAAAUUAUCUAUUCCCCAUUUCGCGCUUUGAAGAUAGGGUAUUGAGUAUUAUCAGCGAUGUAUUGGACGUAGUCGCUAAGCAUUUAUUUGGUCCCGAUAAUUAUCUCAAAUGUUACGAGAACUUGCUGUAUAUUACGAGCGGAAUAGCUGAAAAAAAAUUGGAUAAUUUUUUUCAAAUCGAACCUGUACCAUUGUUGCGAGAGUUUGAGCACCAGAUAAAAGCAUAUGACGCUGUGCGAAAAGAGAUUUCUAUGUUUCGAUGUAAAAUUCCACUGAACAUGAUCGAAAUCGAUUGCAGUAUCGUGAAUGAUACAAUGAGAGAAAUUCUGUAUACGCUUCGAAGUAGAAUAUGCAAUUUCUUUGCGGAAGAGCUACGAAUCAACAAUCGCGAAUUAUGCUCGACCUUUGAUGAGAUAGCAGAGAAUAUCUCGAAGAUGCCAGAAACAACGCAGCAAGUGGUUGAACUGUACAAUUAUCUGUGCGAAAGUCGUGAUACAACGAUGUUCAAUUUGAAAAGACAGUUAGCUCGUUCAAUCGAGCUAACAUUGUUUCUCUUCGAUCACCAGCCACUUUCAGACGAGGACAUUCAUUUAAACUCGCGUGCCAUUACUUGGCCGAAGGAAAUGGAAAUUGUGAUGGAACUGGCAAGCAACAGAUUGAUUAUGAGAAAAGAUUUCUUGGAAACGCUGCUUCGCACGAGACGAGACACCUUCGAGAAAAAGAUAAUUACGAUGCAACUAGUAAUCGAGAAGUUUAAACGGAAAGAUCCGCCGGUUCUUACGAUGGAAGAAAUGGAAGAGGCCGUGGAGGAGAUCGAACAUAUCUCCGCGACCAUGGUAGAGAUACGUAAAGAAGCCGAGGAGAUCAACGAAGAGGAAGGGUUGCUUGAUAUAGAGCUGAGCCCAUACAUAGAGUUGCCGAUCAUGUCUAGUACAGUGGAUACCUUUGACAAACUUUGGCACACUGCUUUAGAUUUCCACCGAAAUUAUGAUAAAUGGUUCUACGGUUCAUUCAUAGGUUUAGACGCCGAUCAAAUACGUGAUGAAACCGAAAACACAUGGCGAAUUCUGUACAAAUUGUCGCGCGUGCUUACAGAGGUGCCUGGUGCGAGGCGUGUUGCCGAAAUAGUGCGCGGUAAAGUGGAAAAGUUCCGACAAUUUAUCCCAGUAUUGCAAAUUAUCUGUACGCCGGGAUUACAAGCCCGACAUUGGGAAGCAAUCAGCAAAAUUGUUGACGUUACAAUAAUACCAACGGACAUUAGCAAUCUAUCGGAGAUGAUAGAAUAUGGUUUACUCGCUUACAUCGCUAAGUUGGAAGAAAUAGCUUCUAUAGCUACAAAGGAGUACACUUUACAACGAAAUUUGCAGAAGAUGAAAAAAGAAUGGGAAGAAAUAUAUUUCGAAUUAAUUCUUUAUCGCGAGACCGGCGUAGCCAUAUUAACCGCCGUGGAUGACAUACAGAUGUUACUGGAUGAUCAUCUAUUAAAGGCACAAACCAUACGCAGUUCGCCUUUCGCGAAGGCGUUUGAAGAGGAAAUGCAACAGUGGGAAGAGAAACUGAUAAUGAUGCAAGACAUCAUUGAUCAGUGGCUGCUUUGUCAGGCUACAUGGAUGUACUUGGAGCCCAUAUUUAGCAGUGAGGAUAUCAUGCGUCAGAUGCCAACCGAAGCGAGAAAUUUCCGUAAAAUUGAUAAAAUCUGGCGCAACAUCAUGUUGUAUGUCUUGGAUAAUAAACGCGUGAUCGAUGCUACCGCAAUGCCGAACAUGCUGCAAGAAUUCAAGCUCUGCAACUUAUUGCUUGAGGAGAUUCAGAAGGGUCUGAGCGAUUAUUUAGAGAAGAAGCGUCUGUUCUUCUCACGAUUCUUCUUCUUGUCGAACGACGAACUUUUAGAAAUAUUAUCCGAAACGAAAGAUCCGCAGCGAGUUCAACCUCAUUUGCGAAAGUGUUUUGAGGGUAUCAGUAAACUCCGCUUUACCAAAGAAGAGGAGAUUAUUGGCAUGCUGUCGGCUGAAGAUGAAUACGUGCCUUUGAGCGGUAAAAUUUACCCUGCUGAUGCAAAAGGUAUGGUUGAAAGAUGGUUGUGCCAAGUAGAGGAACUCAUGGUAAUCUCAAUGCGCGACAUAGCUGAAGAGAGUUUAAUGUCUUACUUUGAGACUAUGCGCGAAGAAUGGGUGCUUGCGUGGCCCGGUCAAAUUGUUAUUUGCUGCAGUCAGAUACAUUGGACCAGCGAGGUGUACGAAUCUUUCGAGGAUAAUGCUACAGCGAGCUACUUGCACAAAUGCACCGAUCAGAUAGAAGAUAUCGUAGAACUUGUAAAGGGUAAAUUGGAACCUGGCGCCAGGAUAACAAUAAAUGCUUUAAUAGUAAUAGACGUGCAUGCUCGAGAUGUAGUGAAGUUGCUGGUUGAUAAGCAAGUAGAUAAUCCUUUGGACUUUAAUUGGAUAGCACAGCUGCGCUAUUAUUGGCUGGACGACUGUAUCACUGUCUCUAUGAUUACGACUCACGUCAUAUAUGCCUUCGAGUAUCUCGGCAACACGUCUAGGUUGGUAAUCACGCCGUUGACGGACCGAUGCUAUAGGACUUUGAUGGGUGCAUUGAAGCUGAAUCUUGGUGGCUCGCCAGAGGGACCUGCAGGUACUGGCAAAACAGAAACAGCCAAGGAUCUCGCUAAGGCCGUGGCUAAGCAAUGUGUCGUGUUCAACUGUUCCGAAGGAUUAGAUUUCAAAGCGAUGGGCAAGUUUUUUAAAGGUAUCGCUCAAUCAGGAGCCUGGGCAUGUUUUGACGAGUUCAACAGAAUCGACUUGGAAGUGCUAUCUGUGAUCGCGCAACAGAUUUUGUCGAUACAAUUGGCUAUAAGUAUGAAAUUGGAUAAAUUUAUAUUUGAAGGCACCGAAUUGAAACUAAAUCCUACUUGCAACGUGAUCAUAACGAUGAAUCCGGGCUAUGCCGGUCGGCAAGAACUGCCGGACAAUCUAAAAGCCCUGUUCCGAACGGUGGCGAUGAUGGUGCCAGACUACGCCAUGAUUGGUGAGAUCACUUUGUACUCAUACGGCUUCACGGACGCCAAAAAUCUUGCGGAGAAAAUAGUUCAUACCUACAAAUUGUGCUCCGAGCAAUUGAGUUCACAAAAUCACUACGAUUAUGGCAUGCGAGCGGUUAAAACCGUGCUGAUAGCGGCUGGUAAUCUGAAACUUAAAUAUCCGACACGCAACGAGUCUAUUUUAGUCCUUCGCGCCAUUGUGGACGUCAAUCUGCCCAAAUUUCUGCAUCAGGACGUUUUUCUUUUUAACGGCAUUUACACAGAUCUCUUCCCGGGCGUGGACCUGCCUCGUCCGGAACGUGACGAAUUGAUAGAUAUGCUUAAGGUGAAUCUGGAAAAACGGAAUCUACAGGCUGCUGAUUGGUACGUGGAGAAGAUCGUACAGAUCUACGAAAUGAUACUCGUACGACAUGGCUUGAUGAUCGUUGGCAAGGCUUUGGGCGGAAAGACUCAGUCUUAUCAAACAUUGGCCGAUGCUCUAAGGGAUCUAUCGGGUAUACGAAAAGCUACGAUGCGAGAAUAUCCUACGAUUUAUCGAGUAAUUAAUCCUAAGGCUAUCACGCUGAGCCAAUUGUACGGUAGUUUUGAUCCGUUGUCGUACGAAUGGACUGAUGGCGUAUUAGCUAAUACGUUUCGUGAAUAUGCACAAUCCGUUUCGUUGGAACGCAAAUGGAUCGUGUUUGAUGGUCCGGUGGAUGCGAUUUGGAUAGAGAGCAUGAACACCGUAUUGGACGACAACAAAAAACUCUGUUUAAUGUCCGGCGAAAUUAUACAGAUGUCCAUCAAGAUGAGCAUGCUAUUCGAGCCGGCCGAUCUUGAGCACGCCUCACCAGCCACUGUUAGUAGAUGCGGCAUGAUUUAUAUGGAGCCUUCUCAAUUGGGUUGGCCAUCUCUUUUUGAAUCCUACAAAAAGUAUCUCAAGGAAAAAUUAUUAUUUGAACAGUAUGAACUUAUUAUCGAAUUGAUCGAAUGGUUGACCAAGCCAAUAUUGCAUUUUAUUCAUUAUAAUUGUAAGACUUUUAUCGAUAUGUCGGAGAUGCAUAUGUUUUUGUCUUUUACAAGAGUAUUCAGUAUGAUGUUAGCAGAGGAAACACAAGUGAGCACAGUGUGGCUUCAGUGCGUAUUACUCUUCAGCAUGGUUUGGGGCAUGUGCUCAACAUUAAUUAGCGACAGUAGAAAAAUUUUUGAUGUAUAUCUACGAAAACUGUUACUUGGUAAUAUCGACGAAUAUCCUAAGCCCAAGGUAUUCAAGCUGACAAAGCAACAAAUCUUCCCCGACAAAGGUACAGUGUAUGAUUGGAUUUACGACAAAAGAAACAAUGGCUGCUGGAUAUCUUGGAUGGAUAUUAUACAGCAGGCACCUUUAUCACCAACAGCGAAGGCCAGCGAGCUGAUUAUCCAAACAACCGAGACAUCUAUUCAGCAUUUCUUCAUGAAACAAUUUUUGCACAGAGCAAUUCCGAUUUUGUUUGUGGGUCCAACGGGUACUGGCAAGUCCGUUAUCGUACUGAAUUAUCUCAUGUCAUUGUCUCGGGAGAAAUUUCUGGAGAAUAUUAUAAACUUUAGCGCUCGUACCAACGCGCCACUGACACAAGAGAUAGUCAUGUCGAAGUUGGAUAGAAGGAGAAAAGGGGUCUACGGUCCCGCCAUGGGAAAAAAGUGCGUAUUGUUUGUAGAUGAUCUCAGCAUGCCAAUAGUGGAAAUCUAUGGCGCUCAACCGCCAAUAGAAUUGCUUCGUCAAUGGAUAGAUCAUGGCUACUGGUUUGAUCCGAAGGAUACUUCGAUUCUAUAUCUGGUGGAUAUCUUGCUGAUCGCAGCUAUGCUACCACCUGGAGGUGGCUCGAAUAUCGUAACACCGAGAUUCAUUCGUCAUAUGCACGUGAUCGGCAUUGAUUCCUUUGAAGAAGCCACAAUGAGCAAGAUCUUUUCAUCGAUUCUCGAUUGGCACUUCGCAAAGGGCUUUGUCAUGGAGGUUUCACGGCUGAGUAAAAUGGUAGUGAACGCUACUAUGGAUGUGUUUCUUGCGGCCAUUAAAAAUUUUCUGCCGAUACCGUCAAAAAGUCAUUACAAAUUCAACUUGCGUGACUUUAGUCGAGUUAUUGGCGGUAUACUUCUCGUGCCGUCCGCUAGAUUGAAAGAUUCUGACAAACUCAUCAGGCUGUGGAUUCAUGAGGUAUAUCGAGUUUUUCAUGACAGACUAAUAGAUGAUACUGAUCGUGAGACAUUAUUUAAGAUGGUACGAUACACAUGCUACGAUCAAUUGCGCCAGCCGUUAGAGAAGGUGCUUGCCAGAUUGCUGAAACCGAAUGAGAAGAUAAUUACGAGUUCUCACAUUCGCAAUCUUUUCUUCGGCAAUUAUAUUGAACCCGAUGCCGAUCCAAAAAUCUACGAUGAGGUAAUAGAUCUGGAAGAUCUUCAAGAGAAGAUGGAUUACUAUCUGGCUGAAUAUAACGCGGUUUCGCAAACGCCAAUGAAUUUGGUGUUGUUUCGAUAUGCCAUCGAACAUAUUUCUCGCAUAUCUCGUGUACUACUACAGGAUAAUGGUCAUCUUCUGCUCGUUGGAGUGGGUGGUUCCGGUCGUAACUCUUGUGCUAAACUAGCGACUAACAUGUGCGAAUAUCUGAUACAACAAAUUGAAAUCACGAGAACUUAUGAAGUACCUGAAUGGCGAGAGGAUUUGAAGUACUUAUUACUGCGCGUUGGUUGUGAUGGCAAACCUACCGUUUUUAUUUUCGGCGAUCAUCAAAUCAAAGACGAGUCUUUUAUCGAGGAUAUCAACAUGAUUUUGAAUACUGCAGACCUGCCCAAUUUGUACGCGAUAGAGGAGAAGGCGGAGAUAUUGGAGAAAAUGAUGACUGUGGCGCGAGAAGUGAGCGGUAAAAAGGCGGAAACGUCACCGAUGGCGUUGUACAAUCUCUUCAUUGAUAGGAUCAAGAAAAAUCUUCAUAUAAUUUUAACAAUGUCACCAAUAGGCGAUGCAUUUCGAAAUCGUCUCAGGAUGUUUCCGUCGCUGAUCAAUUGCUGCACCAUAGAUUGGUAUACAUUGUGGCCGGAAGAUGCUCUCGAGAGAGUAGCCAGAAUAUCAUUGAGAGAUCUAGACAUUGGCUCAGAUCUGCGAGAGAAAUGUGUACAAAUUUGCAAAGAAUUUCAUACAAGUGUCUCAAUAACAAGCGAGGAUUAUUACUUGACAUACAACAGACGAUAUUAUGUGACACCCACGAGUUUCUUGCAGUUAAUCAAAUCCCUAUAUAGAUUAUACGGACAAAAGAUUGAACAGAUCACUAUUCAACAGAAUCGAUACGAGGCCGGUCUGGAAAAGCUGGAUUUUGCCGCCAGCCAGGUGGCGGUCAUGCAAGACGAGUUACAACAGUUGCAGCCCAAGUUAUUGGCGCAGUCACAACUGAGCGACAAAUUGAUGAUCCGAAUUGAACAGGACACCAUCAACGUAGAAGCGAAGAAAGAAAUCGUAGCAGCCGACGAGGCUUUAGCGAACGAAGCAGCAGCAGCUGCACAGGCCAUCAAAGAUGAUUGUGAGAGCGACUUGGCGGAAGCUACUCCAGCAUUAGAAGCUGCUCUGGCGGCAUUAGAUACCUUGAAGCCGGCAGACAUCUCGAUCGUGAAGGCAAUGAAGGCUCCGCCAGCUGGUGUUAGAUUGGUGAUGGAGGCAAUUUGUGUGCUGAAAGGCAUAAAGCCGGACCGAGUUCAGGAUCCGACUGGCCAAAUGAUAGAUGACUACUGGCCCGCGUCGAUCAGGUUAUUGGGCGACAUGAAGUUUUUGGAGAACCUGAAAAAUUUCGAUAAGGACAAUAUACCGCCCGCAUAUAUGAAGCGCAUUCGCGAAAAGUUCAUAAAUGAUCGAAGUUUCCAACCGGAGGCGAUUAAAAAGGUUUCUACUGCCUGCGAGGGUCUCUGCAAGUGGGUACGUGCCAUGGAAGUAUAUGAUCGCGUAAUUAAAGUCGUAGCACCAAAGAAAGCGAUGCUAGCAGAAGCCGAGGCCGCACUAGCCGCGCAAAUGGAAAUGCUGAACGAAAAGAGAGCUCUACUGCAAGAGGUAUCGCAGAAGCUGCAGACUCUAAACGAUGAGUUUGCCGAAUGUAUGCGCGAGAAGAAAAAGCUCGAAGAUCAGAUCGAUUAUUGCACACAGAAAUUAGACAGAGCGGAGAAGCUACUGGGCGGUUUGAGUGGCGAGAAGAAUAGAUGGAGCGAGGCUGCUAAUAAACUGGGCGCCAGCCUAUAUAACGUAAUCGGGGACGUUUUAUUAUCAUCUGGGAUGGUAGCUUAUCUAGGAGCAUUCACAGUGGAAUAUAGAAACAAACUGAUUAGCCAGUGGCACACUUCUUGCGUGAAAGCAGCUAUACCAUGUAGUGUCAAGUUUAAUCUAAUCGAUAUAUUGGGCGAAGCGAUAGAAAUUAGAAGUUGGACUAUUCAGGGGUUGCCGGCCGAUAAUUUCUCAGUGGAAAAUGGAAUAAUCGUAAAGCAUGCCGAUCGCUGGCCACUCAUGAUAGAUCCACAGAAUCAGGCGAAUAAAUGGGUAAAAAACAUGGAAAAACCAAACAAACUGGCAGUGAUCAAACUCACGGAUCCCAAUUAUGUAAGAGUGAUGGAGGUUUCUAUUCAAUUAGGAAUUCCAGUGCUGUUGGAGAAUAUUCUAGAAGAGAUAGAUGCGAUUUUAGAGCCUAUAUUGUUAAAGAGUGUAUAUAAGCAGCGUGGAGUAUUAUAUAUAAAAUUUGGUGAGUCCAUACUGGAUUACAAUCCAAAUUUUCGAUUCUACAUCACUACACGUCUUCGAAAUCCGCAUUACUUGCCCGAGAUUGCAGUGAAGGUAACUUUAUUAAAUUUUAUGAUUACACCUCAAGGUCUGCAGGAUCAAUUGUUAGGCAUAGUCGUAGCUAAAGAGCUACCGACUUUAGAGGAAAAGAAAAAUGAAUUAAUAGUGGAAGCAGCGAAUAACAGGAAAAUUUUGAAGGAAAUCGAGGAUAAGAUCUUGGAAGUUCUCAGAACAUCGGAAGGCAAUAUACUUGAAGAUGAGACCGCUAUUAAAAUACUCUCCACUUCAAAGGUGCUAUCAGAAGACAUUCAGGCGAAACAAGAGAUUGCGGUGAAAACUUCAGAAGAGAUAGAUGAAGCUCGUAAUGGCUAUCAACCAGUUUCAAAACAUGGAGCGGUUCUCUUUUUCUGCAUCUCCGAAUUGGCCAAUAUCGAUCCUAUGUACCAAUAUUCGCUUCCAUGGUUUCUGCAUCUAUAUGUCACGGCAAUAGUCCACAGUGAGCAAUCGGAUGAUCUGGAUGCACGAAUGAAAAAUCUCAAUUCAUACUUCACUGCGAGUAUUUAUAGAAAUGUAUGUCGAUCUCUGUUUGAAAAGGAUAAGUUGAUAUUUUCUUUGGUCCUCUGCGUCGGUCUGCUACGUGCUGCUCAAAAACUGGAGGAAGAUCUCUGGGUAUUUUUAUUAACGGGCGGAAUAGCUUUCGACAAUCCUUAUCCCAAUCCUGACCCCUCAUGGUUAUCCGACAAAUCCUGGUCCGAAGUCGUGAGAGCUAGCCUCCUACCGGGUCUCGAAAAAUUAAAAACGUCCUUCCAAUCCAACAUAUCACAGUGGAAAACGUAUUAUGAUUUAUUGAAUCCGCAGGAUCAUUCAUUUCCACCUCCCUUCGAGCAUGAGACCGAGAGUUUGAGGAAACUCGUGAUUCUGAGAUGCGUGAGGCCGGACAAAAUGGUCGCUGCUGUUCAAGCAUUCGUCAUUCAUUAUAUGGGCACGCCGUUCAUGGAACCGCCGCCAUUUGAUCUCCAGAGCUCGUACGACGACUCGAGCAAUGUCACGCCGCUCAUCUUUGUACUCUCACCCGCUGCGGAUCCGAUGGCUAGUCUGAUAAAGUUCGCCGAGGAUCGUGGAAUUUCAAAGAAGAAUCUCAUGACAAUAUCGCUGGGUCAAGGCCAAGGCCCCAUCGCGACUAGCAUGAUUGAGAGAGGUAUUAAAAGCGGAGAAUGGGUUAUUCUGCAAAACUGCCAUCUCGCUAUUUCAUGGAUGAAGGAUCUUGAUCGGAUAUGCGACGAGAUCAUUGUACCCGAGAACACGCAUCAUGAUUUUCGGCUAUGGCUGACUAGUUAUCCGUCCAAAGGAUUCCCGGUAUCCAUAUUACAAAACGGCGUCAAGAUGACGAACGAACCACCGAAAGGGUUGAAGAACAAUCUGCUGCGAAGUUAUCUGAACGAUCCCAUAUCGGAUCUUAAAUUCUUUCGCCAGUGUACGAAAGUGGUGGAAUGGAGAAAAUUGCUAUUCUCUUUGUGCUUCUUCCACGCGGUGGUCCAGGAAAGACGAAGUUUUGGUCCACUUGGCUGGAACAUACCUUACGAAUUCAACGAGUCUGACUUACGCAUUAGUAUUCUACAAUUGCAACUAUUUUUAAAUGAUUACGAUGAAGUACCAUUCGACGCACUUAUUUAUCUGACGGGAGAAUGCAACUAUGGAGGAAGGGUGACCGAUGAUAAAGAUAGACGCUUGCUGAAUUCGUUGCUGAAGAAUUUUUAUAAUUUCGAUGUUAUUAUACAACCACGAUACCCUUUUUCUUCGAGCGGAAUUUAUCAUAUGCCAGACGAUACUGAUUACGAAGAAUGUCUACAAUAUAUUCGCAGUUUACCUAUCAAUCAAUUGCCGGAAGUCUUUGGUUUGCACGAGAAUGCAGACAUAGCGAAGGACGAUCGAGAAGCAAAGCAACUGUUGGCCGGCGCGCUUUUGACUCAGCCGCAAAUUAGCGGAGUAGGUGUCGAGAGAGACACGGAUGAAGUGGUUUUCGCUCUAGCCGAAGAGAUUCUAUCAAAGAUGCGACCGCCAUUCGAUAUUGAGUUUGUGUCUAAUAAAUAUCCAGUACUUUAUAUAAACAGUAUGAACACGGUAUUGCGUCAAGAACUUAUUAGAUUCAACGAGCUUACCGAUGUCAUCAAAGAAACAUUAAGCAAUGUGCAAAAAGCCAUCAGAGGACAGGUACUGAUGUCACCGGAAUUAGAGGAAGUCUAUGUUAGCAUGAGCAUCGGUAAAGUGCCGCUUGCUUGGGAUAGAAAGUCAUAUCCUAGCUUGAAGCCGCUCGGUAGUUAUGUGAACGAUCUGUUGGCGAGAUUGCAAUUUUUACAAAAUUGGAUCGACUACGAUGCACCAAAUGUGUUUUGGAUAUCCGGUUUCUUUUUCACGCAGUCGUUUCUUACGGCAGUGUUACAAAAUUACGCUCGCAAGCAUAAGAUACCAAUCGAUCAGCUGGAUUUCGAAUUCGAGAUCACUCCGUAUGAAUCAAGUGUGGACACUGCUCCCUCUUACGGGGUUUAUAUCAUCGGUCUUUUCCUGGAAGGAGCUCGAUGGAAUAGAGAGACGAGAUUAUUGGAUGAAUCUAAGCCUAAAAUAAUGUUCGAUGUGUUACCCAUUAUAUGGUUAAAACCUGGUAUAAAAAGUGAGUUCGAUAUAAAAGACGUCUAUCAUUGUCCAGUAUACAAGACGAGCGCUAGACGUGGUGUAUUAGCUACUACUGGACAUUCCUCCAAUUUUAUACUAUAUAUCUUGAUCCCAACGGAUAUCGAUGAAACACAUUGGAUUAUCAGAGGUGUGGCUGCUCUUUGUCAACUCGAUGAUUAAAAAUGAUAGGUAUGAAUUAUUGACAUGACAUUUCACACGACAAUGUAUGUAACAAUUAAUGUAGAAUUGAAUUAAUGAAGAGUGAAUUAUAUAGAAAUAUUUUAGAAAUCAAA